CACUCCGGCCUAAGAUGAAGCGGCGAGUUCGGAGCCUCCCGAUUGGCGGCUAGGGUUUCUUUCGGUAAGCUGUUAAAAUUUUCUUGAGGCAAAGAAGAUGGUACUCAAGACUGAGCUUUGUCGUUUUAGUGGUGCAAAGAUAUAUCCAGGGAAAGGCAUCAGAUUUGUUCGAUCCGACUCCCAGGUUUUCCUGUUUGCCAAUUCAAAAUGUAAACGCUACUUUCACAAUCGAUUGAAGCCUGCAAAGCUUACCUGGACAGCAAUGUACAGAAAGCAGCAUAAGAAGGAUAUUCAUGCUGAAGCUGUAAAGAAGAGACGCCGUACUACAAAGAAACCUUAUUCAAGGUCGAUUGUUGGUGCUACUUUGGAAGUCAUUCAGAAAAAGCGAACAGAGAAGCCUGAAGUUCGUGAUGCUGCUAGAGAAUCUGCUUUGCGAGAGAUCAAAGAACGAAUUAAGAAAACCAAGGAUGAAAAGAAAGCUAAGAAGGCUGAGAUAGUGGCUAAAGGUCAGAAGAGUACACAGACGAAGGGCAGCAUGGCAAGGGCUCCUAAAGGCCCUAAGCUUGGUGGAGGUGGUGGGAAGCGAUGAACGGCAUUCUGGCUGCUGUGAUAUGUCUCGUGUACCAAAGUAAAAAAACAAUUUUAUGCACUAUUUUCAGGAUUCAUUGUGGUUUUUAACUUUCUUAAUAGUUUAGGUCUGCCUACUUUUGAACAUUUUUCAUGACAACCGCAGCUUCUAGAAAUAACUUGAUAUUCUUGAAGGUAAAUUUUGGUGUUGUUACCAGUU